ACGUCGUAUCCACGAUAAGGAUUAUGGGUACAGCAUGGGGUGAGUUGCAUAAGGUUACCAAAGGCAACAAUGACAAUGGAGGCUGCUUCAGCCCAUGAACCGUGGUCCAAACGCCGCCGGUAAUGCUGCGCCCUCCUCGCUGAGAUGCAGCGGAUCAGCAGCCUCGCUGCAUGCCGGGAGCUCGGCGGCCUCGCAGCAGCUUCACCCGGGGUCUGCGCCUGGAAGAAGGGCACGACCUGCAGCAAGCAGCCGGCCGCGCACCAGCAAUUGGCGGGGAUGAGUGUGCGUCCUUUUACCGGGGUACCAGGAGCACAGAGACGGGGACUGUGCCGGCGGAGGUUCGUGUUCGUAGGUCAGAAACACAGACUGUUCAGCUCUCAGCCUGGAGCCGACGGGCCAUCGGGGAGCUCCGGUGGUCACCCCGGUGUCUCUGUAGUCGGUGUCCCGGACCCGAUCACAUGGAUCCGGUGCAAAGUCAUCAUCUAUCUCAUCAAUCUGUACUUUGAGAUAGACAUGAGCUCAGCGGAGUUUGAAAGAGGAGUGAAGCAGGCUUUGAUCCACGUCUCCAACAUGAUGUCCAGUGGCAGAUACCACAAGCUAGUGGGGAUUGUGUCCAAUGAGAUGAUAGAUUAUGUGAAGACAAGGUGCAAGUCUCUCACUGAUGCUCAGAGACAACAUCUAGCUGUCACAAUGGAUGACAUCAUAUUCAUGCUGCCGGAAGACGUGUCGGUCGUCUUUGAUAGAUAUGGUAGAAAGUACUGCUUCAUCGUCAUGAGGUUUUGGUUCCUGUCAACAUAUGAAGGCCCUGAUGACCCCGAGGGCACGAAGAUCUUCAAAGUGGCCUCGAGUGAAGAUGGCAGCCCAGAGAAGAAAAUAGUGACAGCAGUCUAUGAAUUUCACCGAGAGCUGACGAGAGGAGCCUCUCCCGACUGGACAGUCACGACUGUUUGGCACUGGCAUUGGAAACAGGCCGAGUGAUUUGACUCGUCGCUGCAAGGCCAUUUGUCAGUCAUCAAGACACAACAGGGGAGAAGUGAUUGGUUGGAUUCACUUAUUCAUAAAAGACUACAGACACCUGCGAGCAGCAGAUUGAAGGGCUGUCUAUGAGGAACACAUGAAACGGGACCCAGAGCCAUACUAAUGACGCUGUGCAGACACCUGAAGACCUCUGAACUUUAUAAAUUAACCCAUGUCAUUACGGCCUACUACCUCAGACCCUCAGAUGCUUUUAAAGCCCCCCUCCAGUGGUUUUCCAAAGAAAAAUGUGUGAGCAAAUCAUUGUAGGAGGUCACAGUGCUAGAACAACUGUGUCCGGUGUUUUCAGCUCAGAUACACUGUAUGACAGAGUGAUGAGGUCACUGGAGGAAGACUUUAAAGUGUCUUUUUCUAAAAAUAGCCCGCAAAUGGAGUUUGCUCAGUUGUCAUCAUGUGACCUACAGUAAGUGUGAAACUUUGGUCCCAUGACAACAGAUGCUGGUAUAUGGUCACCGCCUUACUAUAGAUCAUGACGAUAACCAAGUCAUCUCCAUGACAACUGAGGAAGUAUCUUAAAGUACUAGAAAAAGCUGAUGGACUUUUUUUUGUUUUGUCAAACCACUGCUUCACAGGUCAAGAAUGAACUCUGUUGAGUUUGUUAAACCAAUAUGUUGUGUCAAUACAUUGCUUUGAUCAGAGCACCAAAGUGUACCCAUGACCCUUUAAUUCACACAGGGAAUCUGGUCCGACCCCCAGUCAUAAUCAAUACUGAGCUGCUCCGAUAAACUAAGGGACUGUGCAAAAAUUACUGAGGUGAUAAGGGGGACUAAUCUCUAUUAACAACUGUGUUUAUAGCGAGUGUUCUGGCUUCAGUUUGCAGUCCGAGUAGCAUUCACCAAUUAUGUCUGAACGGUAGGUAAAAAGUCCAUUUGAAGAUAGAUAGAUAAACAGAUACCUUUAUACCUUAUGUAAAAAUUAGCCGAAAUGAUUGGGGCACUGUAGAGGAAGUCUAUACCGGAUAAGCCCGAAGUAUUGACCCCCACCUCCAGAGGCGUAUCGUCACCAGAGUGCACCUUUGCACACCAUAGCACAAAUGCAAAUUUUCUUUUUGAUGUGCAUUGAAAGAUAUACCAUGCAGGAUUUUCCUCAAUAAAAAAAUGUAUAGAC